CUGCACCUCACCGAGUGCCAUGUCAAAGUUUAUUCUGAGUUUAACCAUUAAUCCCAGAGGCUAUUGAAGAGGGCUAUUUGGACAGACAGAUUACAGUAAGCAGCGAGAAAGACAGAAAGAAAACAGCUAUGACAGACGUUGGGGAAAUCAUCAAAGCUCUCAAUGAUUUUGGCCGGUUCCAGCAUUGGCUGGUGCUGAUGAUCACUCUGAUCACACCCAUUACUGGUUUUCAUGUCUUCAGCCAAUUAUUCAUGGUAAUUCCGGUGUCUCAUCACUGCAACACGAGCUGGUUGGACACCAUCAGCUUGAACUUGACCGGAGAGGAGCGUCUGAAUUUGACCAUUCCCCGAAAACCUGAUGGGACCUUAGAACAAUGUCUCAUGUAUACCCCUGUGGACAGCAACCUAGAGACCAUCCUGCAGUCUAGAUUGACUUCAACAGAGAAGUGCCAAGAUGGAUGGGUCUAUCCUUCCAAGCCAGAACCAUCUCUGGUUACCCAGUUUAACCUCGUAUGUGACAGGAAGGAUUUAAUUGAUAUCUCACAGUCCAUCUUCAUGUCGGGCCUUCUCGUUGGAGCAGUGGUAUUGGGACCGUUCAGUGACUGGUGCGGCCGACGACCCGUUGCCUUGUUAUCUCUGUUCCUCCAAGGAGUGUCCGGAGUUGCAGCAGCUUUUGCCCCCAGUUUUUACCUCUAUUGUGCCCUCCGAUUUCUGCUGGGGACUGGUCUUUCUGGAAUCAUCAUAAGCAGCGUAGCUCUGUGCACUGAGUGGGUUGGAGUUGCCUAUCGUCCACACACCAUUAUCGCCAGUCACGUGACCUUUGCUUUGGGACAGAUGAUCCUGGCUGGCUUAGCUUAUGGCCUUCGGGACUGGCGGCACCUUCAGAUUGCUGGCUCUGCCCCAGUUUUUUUUUUUCUCUUCUACAUAUGGGUGCUUCCUGAGUCUGCUCGGUGGCUUGUGACGAAAGGGAAAAUAGAGGAAGCUAAAAAGCUUCUCCAAAAAGCAGCGUCUGUGAACAAGCGAACCAUUCCUCCGAAACUCUUAGAGCAGCUGAAACCUGAAAAGAAAGCCAAAUCUGCAACAGUUUUGGAUCUCCUCAGAAAUCCCCAUUUAGCAAAGGUGACUCUCAUAAUUUCCUCAAUCUGGUUUGUCAAUAGUUUGGCCUACUAUGGAUUGAGCCUGAAUGUUGGUAGCUUCGGCCUGAAUAUCUACCUGACACAAGUCAUCUUUGGGGCUGUGGAAAUCCCAGCCCGGAUCUUGUGCAUCUUCCUUAUGGAGUGGCUGGGGAGGAAGAAAUGUCAAUCUUUUUGUCUCUUCCUUGGGGGAACCUUUUCUCUUCUGAUCACCGCCAUUCCCAAAGAUUUGCCUGUGGUAAUCGCAACAUUAGCUAUCCUUGGAAAGUUCACCAUGGCAGCAUCAUUUUCAACAUCCUAUGUGUUUUCUGCAGAGCUGUUCCCAACUAUUGUCCGGCAGACUGGGCUUGGAGUAUGCCAGAUGACAGCCAGGGUGGCUGGAAUAAUCUCCCCACUGGUCGGUCUCCUGGGGAGAUAUCACACCUCCUUCCCCGUGGUGAUCUUUGGAAGUGCAGCGGUCCUUGGCGGAAUAAUUUCUCUCCUUCUUCCAGAGACACUUGGCAAGGAACUUCCUGAUCAUGUGGAUGAACUGGCCAACAACCCAAGGAAGAGCAAGGCAGCCAAUGGAAGCGUGGAAAAUGGAUGCGCAAAACCAAAUAAAGACAAUUGCAUUAGUGAAAAGAUAACAACCACACGUUUCUAAGCGUGCCAGGACUGAUCCAGCACGUCAGGGAUAAAGAUUGGAGAAAAAUUGGCAGAUUUCUCUGCUCACAGUACAGAGUGGGUAAAAAACAGUGGGCUUGGUUAGAGAGCGACUGCCUUUCUCACAUUAAGCUAGUGCUUCCCAAACGUUUUCCUUCAUUACCCCCAAAAUGGUCGUAACUCGAGGACUACCUGUAUUAUAAAAACAAUAUCACUGAAUGACCUUUAUGUCAUUUCAACAAAUUACCAUUGGUAAUGUCAUGGAGCUUCGUCUUAAUAGGAAUACUUUGGGAGAUUUUUGAAUAUAUUUUGGUAUGUGUGGCAAUCUUUAAGUCAAUUUAAAUGUCUCUGUUGUGAUGGGUAAUGGGUUCAUGUGUCAUUACCCGAAGAAAAACCACUUUUACCCAAUUUUGGGUCAUUUACCCAGGUUUGGGAAAGCACUGCAUUAGGCUAAAACAUAACAUGGUUUGUGUGGUUUGGCUUAGUGUGUUCCAUGAACCUAACCUGUGUAGACUGUAAGUUGUGGCUUAGGCCAUGCAGUGAUGGAUAAAGCCAGUCAAUGUUGGUUUAGUCAAAAAAACAUAGUUUAGCAUAUUGUGUGCACCAGGUCAUUGAAUACACCAAUUGCAUUCAGUGGGACUUCUUUUGCUAAUAAUGAUUAAUCUAUCCUAUUGGACCUAUUCUUAAUGUGGGGCCAACUCACUGAUGUGGUUUAAAGCUUUGUUUUUAGUUCAUUAGGACUGUUAGUUAGUUAGUUAGUUAGUUAGUUAGUUUUUUUAAGGAAAUCAGUUUAAACUCUGUUUGGUUAGUUUAGAAUUCAGUGAGUUAACUCUGUAACAACACUCAAGCAGAGAGAAAAAAACAAAUUAGAAUUAAGUCUAUCCCAUUUAGAGAGCUGUGCAAAUACAGCCAGUGAUUCUCUAGGAUUCUGAAACCCUUUCUAUCUUGGAGACUUAAUCUGGUGCCUUGGCAUGGGAUGCAUCUACUCUACUUUUAAAGUCUGUACCACAUGAAACCCAAAUAUGCAAUUAGCAAUUGCAUGGUUGUUUUUUUAAAGGAAAUUGCAAGUGAGGACCUCUCCUUCUGGAGUGGGACCAAGGGCUUUAACUUUGCCCUCUCCCCCCAGAAGAUCUCAGUCCAAAUUGUCACCAUUCCAUACCAACAGUUUACUUUUUGUCCCUGUCUUUGGUUUGGGAGAAGUAUGGAAACUUUUUUUUAAGGAAGAGGUUGUUUGUGCUCUUGAGUUGCUGUUCUUCAGGUCUGCCACACCCAGAUCUCUGGAAGUUCUUUGAUUCUCAGGUGUCUGCAUGUCAGCAACAACAAAAAAUACCGUGCCUUACUACUACACACAGAUAAGGCUUUCUCUGAAAAAAAGAGCAUUUCUUCAAAAAGAAAGGUUGGUGGUGAGUGCCAACAAAAAUGAAGCCAAGAAAUGCAGAUAAGGAGAAGAGGAAGAGGAGGAGGAGGAGGAGUGGGGAGUAUCUCAGGGAAGAAAUAUCAAAUCAAAUCAAAACAAUGUAGAAAAAUUGCCAAGCUAAGGGGGCAACCCACAUAAAAAGCAGCCCAUGGAAAAUUGAACAUGCUCAGUAGCUGCCAAUUAAAACAGCAGAUGGACAAGAAGGAGAUGUAUACAACGGGGCUGGGAAUCCUCAGGCGAUGGUCUUGAGUGUUACAAUAAAAGUAUUAUAAGUAUACAAUUGUGUUGAUUGUCAACUGCGAAUUGCUAAGUCAGCAUGACAUUUGUAAUACAUCCUGAAGGAUAUUAUUGGCAAUAUAAGGACAACUCAUAACCAGUGAGGGGCCACAGAUAGCUCUUGCAGACUUCCUGUGUGAUCUGGAUGGAGCUUAUUUUUCAUUCAGUUCUCCCCAUGCACAUAUCAUUGCCACAGCUUUGACCACCACCACUGUGCGCCUACCACAGUGAGGCUUCUGAGAACUUGCCAACCUGUUGCUGGAUCAGGAUUACAUGGUGAUGAGUUAGAUUCAUGCUGAGAUCAAAAUCUGGGCUGGGUCCCUUUGGAGUCAUUGUCCGUCUUUCCAUAGGCCAAUAUACAUGGUAUUGAAAAGAAUGUCCCGCAAUUACUUUUUGAACUGAUCCCAAUGAGAAGGACUGGCUGUACCAUGAAAAGUGCUUGUGAAUCACAUCUCAGCCUAUUUAGAAGAACAUCAAAAGCUUUUGAGAAGUUCAACAGAAUCAAUAGGGUCAUAUGUUCUCAAUGCAGUUAAUAAUGUAGGUUGUCCACCAAGGCAAACUAGCAGUCACUGUCCCAUAACUGGGCCUGAAGCCAGACUGAAAUGAAUCCAUGAUAAGCAGAGGCUGCUGCAACUGAGAUGCUACUGCACAUCUCAACAUUUUGCCAAUUAUGGAACGUUGGAUAAAUUAAUAUAAUGGGCUUCAGAGACUAUCCUUUUUAGGGCAGUUGGAAUCACACCAUGGGGCUGAGAGGAUUUCAUGUCACAUCUUCAGCAAGUCACAUCCAGAUUCUUGCAUAUACCAAAGAAGGCAAGGUGAAGCACUAGAGGUUAGGUCUUACCUUACCAAGAAUCUCUCUGCACCCUUGGGCUGUACAAAUGGAAUAAUAUUCAGUAUAUCUGGGCAAGGCGGGCCCAACAUUACAUCAGUUGGACUUGGAACUUAUUAUGAUACCCAAGUUGGCAUGGAUGUGAUGCAAGCAAUUUUAUCUACAAAACAUCAUGCAUGUUGAUCACGAAAAAUGAUUUAAAUGCUCUCCAUUUUCUUCACGUGGACCAUUGUCUGCUUGAAAAUGCUCAGCUAGAUGACUCUGUACUUAUUGCUGAUGGUGAAUCUUUGCUUUGUUGCCAUCUGAACUAUUGCUUUGGCAUUCAAGUGGGCUUUGAAUUGUGUCCCAAGGAUUUGCCCAGCUAAUCAUGGUGGCCAGAAGACCAAGUGGGAGGGUUUUCAGUGACUUGGUAGUCUUUUGGUUGCCUAGCCCUGCUCUAGGAGGCAGAAGAGUGAACCCACCCUUCCUAGAUGCCCUCAGGAACACCACACUGACUGUUUGACCAAGAUGGCCUGUUCUUCUCCUUUUCUCGAGUGCCUGAGCUAAUAGUUCCAAACCUCAGGCAGCCUCCAUUUACGCCCCAGCUCCAGAUACCAGGCCAUUCCUACGUGAGUUUCUUUUAGGACUGAUGAAGAAGAAUAAACCAUGGUGUUGAGAAGCACCUUCUCUCAGAAGCUAUGGAUUUGUCUUGUCUCUCCAUUGGUUUGCCAGGAAUAUAGAGGCAGCUCUGCUUCUCUGA